AAAUCGAAGAAAAAAAUUAUCGAGCAAAAUAUUUUGAACCAUUUGGUAAAGAAAGUGAACGAUCUUCAUUUGCUGAAGAUGAUGGAAUUGCUUGUCGAAAGGUUCGUUAUUUGUCAAUGAAGGGAGUUUCGUCAAUUCGUCAAUGA